GUGUAUUUUUUUUCGUCAUCUUUCAUUUCGUCUCUUUCUCUUUUGUUUUGGUUUUCAGAAGAACACAUUUUUCAGAGAUUCAUUCAGAUCUCAAAUUUCAUUGAGCGAGAACAAACCAUUUCUCACACAUGGCGACGGUUUCACCUCUCGCCAAAUACAAACUCGUUUUCUUAGGCGAUCAAUCGGUUGGUAAAACCAGCAUCAUCACCCGUUUCAUGUACGACAAAUUCGACACCACCUAUCAGGCUACUAUCGGUAUUGACUUUUUGUCAAAAACAAUGUACCUUGAAGAUAGAACUGUUCGUUUGCAGCUUUGGGAUACUGCAGGCCAAGAAAGAUUUAGAAGUCUCAUUCCAAGCUACAUAAGAGAUUCUUCUGUUGCAGUUAUUGUAUAUGAUGUAGCUAACAGGCAAUCAUUUCUGAACACUAGCAAGUGGGUUGAGGAGGUGCGUCAAGAACGAGGCAGUGAUGUUAUCAUUGUCUUGGUUGGAAACAAAACUGAUCUUGUCGAGAAAAGGCAAGUUUCUAUAGAGGAAGGAGAUACCAAGUCCAAAGAGUUUGGAAUCAUGUUUAUAGAAACAAGUGCAAAAGCAGGCUUCAAUAUCAAGCCUUUGUUUCGGAAGAUUGCUUCUGCCUUGCCAGGGAUGGAAACUCUUUCUUCUACAAAACAGGAAGACAUGGUUGACGUAAAUUUAAAACCCACGGUGAAUUCAUCCAAUACAGAGCAGCAGGGAGGAGGUUGUGCAUGUUAGAGGAGAUUCUCCUUAGAAUCAGGAGAUAUACAUAUUCAGUGAGCAUAAUACUGGGAAUGACCUCAUAAUUGUCAUGUGAAGGUAGAGGAAGUGUGCUUUCACAUCAAUGAUCCAUCAGUUAAUUGGUGCAUGGGACAAGUUGCGGUAAUGUUUUGAUGCGUGACAAAAAAGAUUGAUAGUUAUUUUUUCAUUUGUUAUGCCAUUAGUCCCUGGAUGUAAGAAUACAGGUAAUAAACAAGCCCUCUAAAUUCUGUCCUAGAUGUAUGUUAUCUUCUCUUUUUCAAAUAUUUCAUAAUGAAUGAUUGAAUGUA